UUGUCGCAGACAGGAAGUGAAGUGGAUCGAAGAGUUUCGCAUAGAAACGACGGUGGCGCCAUGGCAACAGCGCUUCUCUGUGUUCUCUGCGUCUUCUUCUGUUUGACGUCAUCACAAAACUUCAAACUGAAGUUUAAACCUGCGACGAAACCGGUUCGAUUAUUUACCGAAGAGGAGCUGAGGCGGUACGACGGCAGCGAGGAGGCUCAGCCCGUGUACAUGGCCGUGAAAGGAGUCGUGUUCGAUGUCACCACAGGAAAAGAGUUCUAUGGUAAAGAUGCUCCGUACAACGCCCUGGUGGGAAAGGACUCCACUCGGGCUGUGGCUAAGAUGAGCCUGGACCCGGCUGACCUGACAUCAGAUACUAGCGGCCUCAGUGAGGAGCAGCUCACGUCUCUGGACAGUGUCUUCGAAGGUACGUACAAGACCAAGUAUCCCAUCGUGGGCUACACGGCGUCACGCAUCCUCAAGGAGGACGGGAGUCCGGACGAGGACUUCAAACCAGAGGACCAGCCGCAGUUUCAAAUCAAAGACGAGUUUUAAUCUCAUUUCCUGUACAUAAGUCAGAGAGUCUUAUUGUGAAGGGGUUUCUAUGGGCUAUUUUUUUUACAAUUUUUCUGUUUACUUCCAAGUGCAAUAAAUGUAAAGACGAACAAAAUACAUGUGAUAAAGUGUAUUUUUGUAUAUGGUUUACAUGGUUCUUUGUCAGAUGUGAGAGAUUUAUUGAACAAGUAAUAUAAGGAACAUCCUAAAAAACUUUUAUUUUGUAGAAGUUUUGUUUAAUAUAUAGUUAUUCAGCUUAAAUACAGAGCAAGAUGACAGAUUUUUAAUUUAGUCUCAGCUGUCAAUCAUGAAAUAGCUCAUUCAAACCAAGAUUAUCAUAAACAUGAACAAACAUCAGUGUGAUUAAAAACUUCCUAAAAUAACAUAAACCAACUUUGGGAAAAAUGUAUUUGACGUUUACUUAGAUUCAUGUCCUGUCUGCUAACGUGGAGGAGGCGGGAGUCAUGACCUGUACUGCAGCCAGCCACCAGGUGGCGAUUGAGUACACAGUAAUAAGGACAAAUACAUUGAACAAAUAUAAAGAUAGUAUUUAAUCUAUUUAAUUUAAAGUGUCCCAUGAAGACCACAGGCUCUGGUCUACCUAGCAACAGAGCUACCACUAACUGUCCUUUUUAUUAUCAAUAGAGAUUAGUCACUAGUCAAUGAAAUGUCAAAUAAUUCUAUCUAGAGACUUGUUGCUAUUCAGAAUUGUUUCUGAUUAUUUUCCAGAUUUUCUUUCUGCUCUAGGAUGUUUUUACUAAUAUAUAAUAAUAAUAAUGUAAUUAAAAGCAGUGAAUCUGCCGCUCUGUGAAUGUUGACACGAUAACAAUCGAAUCCAUUUGUUUAAAAUGUUUGUACCUUUAUCAAUAAAGUCUAAAAAACCUCAAA